GUGUCGUUACUAAAUCUGCAUGUUAAGUGAUGGAAUCCUGAAUCUGGCCAUCCUGUUGGAUUAGUGGAAUACUAAAUGGCAGUGUUAGUGUGGGUUCCUGGAGCACAACAUGGAAACUUUUAUUGAUAUUCUACAGUGAUGGCAUGUUAAAGACUGAUGUAUGGAACUGGACCUGCCCUAAAAUCAUGGUGGCUUACAGCUGGCUGCACGAUGAAACACCAACUUCAGCAUGACAGACAUAAUGACACUCAACUACCUCUUUUUUCUUGGAAUUGUCAUACCGUGUAUAAUCACCAUCACCCUCUUCAUCGUGUUUAUAUUGUGUUGGAACAAAUACAGACUACGUAAGGAGAUCAUGACCAAAAAGUUUGAUCCCCACAAGAAGUUUCGUUCAGGGAGAGAGGCUUAUAAAGUGCCACGUCCUCCCCUACCCCCAAAAUGGAUCUAUAGAACAUCAAACUCCCAAGAUGGCCAGAGUAUUCUACCGCAUCAUAACAAAGCUUUCGACGUCAGUCCUGACACUCCUGCGGAAGACACCAGACACAUGUACAAUACAUUCCAUGACAGUGGUAUGUCAGAACUAAGUGAGAUCCAGUACCGAUUUGAAAGACAGCGUCCUCAUUCUCAAGCUUCUACAGACUCCGAGGACUCGGGCUUCAGGAGUUCGCGUUCGGGACAAUACUUACACAGUGCCCAAAAUAGUAAUGCACAGGAACUACCAUUGUUUAAACCCCUAGAUAGCUUAUCUCAGCCUCAGACUGUUAAUAUCCCCCCAAACUGUGAUAAUGUAAGAAUAUCUAGUCGCCGGUCAAGACGGAAAAGUAGGUCUCCGGCCAAUCAAAGGACUAGACAGGAAUGUCCAGCCAAUCAGAAGACACGACAGGAAUGUGUUGAUGUGAAUGAGAUUCUAACAGAUAUAAAAUCACAACCUCUAUCAGUGAUAUCGCCACAAAUGGGACAGCUGACUGUUACUAUGGCUACAGUGCACCACCCAAACAUAGAGGAGCGGGGUGCAGCCAUGGCCUACUCUGUUGUAUAGUGUUACCAGUGAUAUACAAUAGAUGUGUGUAAGAGAGAAAUCUUCAAUGGUUGUGAUUAUUGGGGUUUACACAACCAGAACCAGUGAUUUCUGUUGUAUGAUGGGAUUUAUUAUAAAGUGUGUUCAACUGAUGGUUUAGACUAUCAGUGUAAGAAUCUGUGAUACAAUCACUGAUUCUUCCUAUAUUAUAAUGACCCUACAAAUCCACAGUUCUGUCAGGGGUCAGAAUGGGCAGAGUAAAAUUGUAUCACAAUGUAAAUGUGUGUUAGUGUGACCCUUUGUGUAGUAGAAUUUCAAACCAUUCACAAGUGCUGCAUGUCAAGAAAGAAAAAUGUUGUGCUAUUGUCAUAGUUUGAAAUUUUCAUCUUUAUAUCUUUUUUGUCCGAUAUCAGAUUGAGUACAUGCAGAAUCUCCAUUACCAUAGGACCCUGUUUUGUGAAUUAUGUCACUUUUUUUAAAACUUUCAAUUCUUAAACAUCUG